GUCGUUGCAGUCACAGAGUGCGCACGCAUGCCGAGCAUCACCCCGCGCUCGGUGGUGACAGGGCACGCGACGAAUUUGUCGCAGUGGAACUCGAAGCAAAACGAUUCGGCUGCAAACGUGAAUGCGGCGUCGGUGGUGCUACACGUGCGCAGCCGCCUUCGCCAGUCUGGCGUGAUGGGAUUCGUGUCAUUUCUGCAAGCGCUCAAGCAAGUGGCCAACCCUGCCCAAACUAUUUCAAGGGCGCAGCUCAAGGCUACGUUAUCAAAUCACAACCUUCAGCUGUCGGAUGUGGAUAUUCGUGCAAUUGCCAUCUUUCUCGGAGAAGAAGUCAGCGGUGCCAUGCCCAUUUCCACUCUUCGCGACUUGAUCUUCGGCAAACUGGAAGGGCGAAGGCAAGACGUUGCCACAGCCGCGUUCCGCCGCAUGGACGGGCGACAACGCGGGUAUGUUGCUGUGGACGAAAUUCUGCGGAACCACGACGCCGGAAUGCAUCCCGACCUGAUGUUUGGCAAUCAAACAACGCCGAUUCAAGUGCACAGCACGUUUGUAAAGUCGUUCACGGCACUUGUGCCGCCAACUUCGCUGGUCAACCUCGCCCAGUGGCUCGAAUACUGCCAAUGCCUCAGUGGGGCUACGGAAAAAGAUGACUACUUCGACCUGAUCUUCGCCCGCGUGUGGCACGUGUCGGUAUCUUCGUCAUUAAACGAUCCGCCCGAUCCGAUCAAGGUGUCCAACAACCAAGUGCUGACCCCUCGCUCGUCCCUGACGUUGCUGGAUGAUUUGAGCCAGAAAAACUUGCUCGCCACGGCACUUGACUUUUCGUCCGAGUCGUUUUCAUCCAUGCCGUCCCCGGAUAUGACAGUGGCGGCACCAUCCGUUUCGUCCGCACCGCUGCAAAUGGACCUGAACUACACGACUACGACCACGCGAAAAUCGUCGCGAAAUGCCACCCUCAACAGUACCCAAACGGCUGCGUGCAUGACGCACAUGUACCCCGACAAGGCUGGUCUCUUACCCAAGUCCAAGGACAUUGGUGUUGGGACCAAAAUGAUCCUGUCCCGGCUGCGUGCUGCAUUGAAAUGUCGGGGAGCAGCGGGCAUGGUUGGGUUGAGCCGGAAGUUCCGCAUCAUCGACGACGACAACAAUGGGUUUCUCAACCUCGUCGAAUUCAAGAAUGCCAUGCGCGAAUGUGACGUCGAUUGCAGCGACGCCGAUUUGCGCCAAUUGUUCGACGCGUUCGAUAAGGACGACAGCCAAGCAAUUGACUUUAAAGAGUUCCUCAAUGGAGUGCGAGAGCCCAUGAACGAUCGGCGGUUGGCCCUCGUCCGCCUGGCCUUCCAAAAGAUUGAUCGCAAUGGAGAUGGCGUGCUCGAACCUAGCGACAUUGUCGGCUGCUACGACGCCAGCAAACACCCUGACGUCAUUGCUGGCAAGAGGACUGCAGACGCGAUUUUCCGCGAAUUCCUUGAAACUUUCGACGUGGAUGCCAAAGAUGGCAAGGUCACACCAGCCGAGUGGGAACACUACUACGACAACAUCUCGGCCGUGAUUGACCACGACGAUUACUUUGAGCUCAUGUUGCGCAAUACAUGGCAUCUGAGUGGCGGUCAAGAGUGUGGAGCGAGCUCCUUCGAAUCCACUCGUGACCGUGUCGUAGUUGAGCCAGAGUCGCCCGCCAUUGUGUUUACAACCCCCAAACGAUAUGGAAAUGCGUCGGCGGGUCUGGCGUCGUGCUUGCAAGUAGAUUUGCCACAGGCACGGCAAGCAUUGUCCAAUCAACCUGGACAACCCUUGUUGGCCGACAUGCAACACCCCAAGGAACUCCGGCGCAUUGUAAAGCGGCUCAAAACAACAUUGAAGGCACGCGGAGGCCGAGGUUACACUGGUCUUGUUCGCGGAUUUCGCUUGAUGGACUCGAAUGGAUCGGGAACGUUGGAUUUGAACGAAUUUCGAGCGGCAAUGGACCGACUCCAGUUGCACAUGAGCGCGAACGACCUCUUGGUCCUGUUUGACUACUUUGACGUCAACGGGAACGGCUCGGUGGACGUGGCGGAAUUUGUGAAUGGCGUUCGUGACCCCAUGAACGAACGCAGGCUGUUGUUUGUCCACAUGGCGUUUGAUCUCCUGGACACGGACCACAAUCAUGUCCUGACCGUGGAAGACGUUGUGACCAAAUACGACGCUCGGAAACACCCGGACGUAUUGGCCGGACGCAAGACGGAUCGGGAAAUCUACACGGAAUUCCUCGAUACGUUUGAAUGGUCGUCCAAGGUACACGACGGCCAAGUCACGUUGACCGAGUGGACGGAAUACUACGCCAAUAUCAGCGCGAGCAUUGACGACGACGACUACUUUGAGCUCAUGAUGCGCAAUGCGUGGCACAUGUCAGGCGGCGAAGGGUGGACAGCCAACUCGACCAACCGCCGUGUUCUGGUCAACGAAUCCCAGGUCGCCGAGAUCCAAAACGACUUGGGCGUGUUGCGGUAUGAACAAAUCCAGGCGCAGCUCGGGAAACAAGGGUUUCACACCGUGCCAAGCAAUACCAAGGUAUCGUUCUAUGAAGUUCUCGACCAUUCGGUGCGCACCACCUCUGUCAACGUGAAGCGUCCGGGGCGCCUUCGCAACAAUUGCAGCGACGGGACGGCCACCUGCCUGACGAUGGCACCAGCAGCAUCAUCCACGGCAAUCAAGCCGGGGAAGCGACUCGGUGGUGGUGGCUAUCUGGCGACCGGCGUAGCAGCCUCGACCUACUCGAGCAAUGCAAGUAUCCCCCCCAACCAACAAACGUUUGCGACAGUCGGAGUCCAACCCAUCCUGACGCGUCUCCGCGCGUACCUAAAAUCCUCCCAGCAUGGCUUUAUUGGGCUCAGCCGAGCGUUCAAACGGAUGGACUCGGACGCAAAUGGUCAUUUGAGUAUGUCGGAAUUCAAGCAAGCCAUGGCUGGAUUUGGCCUCGAGGACGUCGACGCGCGUAUUUUAUUCAACUACUUUGACGUGGACCACAACGGGACCCUAGAGAUCCAAGAGUUUGUGACGGGGCUGCGGGGCCCGAUGAACGCGCGCCGCCUCGGGUUUGUCCGUGAAGCGUUUGCCCGUAUGGACAAGGACGGCAACGGCGUCCUCGAGCCAAGCGACAUUGUAGAGGCGUACGACGCGUCCAAGCACCCCGAAGUGAUCGCGGGGCGAAAAACCCCCGAUCAGGUGUUUCGCGAAUUUCUCGACACGUUCGAUGUGGAUGGCCAUCACGAUGCCAAGGUGACGCCCGACAUGUGGGAACACUACUACGCAAACGUUAGCGCCAGCAUCGACGACGACGACUACUUUGAGCUCAUGAUGCGCAAUGCGUGGCACAUCACGGGCGGCAAAGGGUGGUGCGCAAAUUCGACCAACCGCCGCGUGCUCGUCAACGAGUCCCACGUUGUGGAGGUUGAAAACGACCUGGGGGUUCAGGCGUCCGAAGUGCCCGAACGACUCGAGCGCCAGAUCAAGUCGUACAUGAACCAACCAGGGACAAUCAAAACUCUCAACUCCGUCAAUGUGACGGCAUGCUUGAACUACAUGACAGAUCUACCGAAGUCAGCGCAGCCCCCCGCUCGCCAGACGGAAGCCAAGGUUGUUCCGUUGCAAGCUAUGCAACGUGCUGCCGACGCUGCCGUACGUCGCCCAAGCAAUAGCUGCGGUGUGGUGACAACUUCCAACUCGAGUGUGGCGCAAAUGGAUGGGUUGUGGGGGGCACUGCGUCAGGUUUUGCGAUCCAAGGGGCUCGCAACGAUUGUUCAAGUUCGUCGAAGCAUCGUGCAGUAUGGCAAAACCAUCGGGACUGCGCAAGUCCAAGCCGCAUUAGCCGAAUCUGCCCAAGUCAAGUUGCCAACGGACAUUAUCCAGAAAUUGGUGGACGACGUGCGCCAGCGAUGUCCGUUGCGAGGCGAAGAUGUAUCGAGCGCUCGUGCAUCGACGUCGGGGUUCUGGAAGUGUCUGGCCAUGCCGAAGGAUGACCAACUCAUCAAAAUGGCCAAAAGAGUGUUUGCCCACCUCCAAGUUGAGGCCAAGGGCGACUGCACGCCAUUGGUGCUGGCCAAAGCGUACGAUGCCCCCAGCCAUCCGUCCGUGCUUCUCGGGCUCGUGCAAGCCGAAGACGUGUUCAAGGACUUUGCCCGGUGCUUUGAUGUAGACUCUUCCGGGUGCAUCACGUACGACAGCAUGGACGCGUAUUGCAGCGAUCUGUAUUUGUCUGUGGGCGAGCUCCGCCACUGCCUCCAAAUGCUGCGCGAUGUGUUUCACGUUGACAUUCCCACGACCUCGUGAAGUAAAGAGUACACACGUUCCACAAGUGUAGUUGUUGUCGACAUUAUAUAUUUGAUUCCUCGAUUGCAGUCACAUUUGACUUGAUCAUCCGCGCAAUGUGUGUGGCUGGCGCUGCUUCGCUCGCCGGGGCAUUGCAGGCGUCGUGUCUAGAUCCUGUGC